AUGGUAACCGUCGAUGUGCUCAAACUGGACUUUGUGUCUCCGUUGACGCAGCCGCCUGUGGGCAAGAUUCCGAUCGACGUUCCUUUCUUGCCAGCCUUUCUUGAUGUGGCCGUGACUGGCAUUCUACUCACAUUCCUUCUGCGAUCCCGUGCCGAUAUAUAUUCAAAGCGAUUUCGCCGCGUUGUGACGCGGCUGAUGAUUGUAGCAUGGGAGGCAGCCAUCCCACCAUGCGCCUGCGCCGUGACGGCGCUCGUCACCUAUUUCACGCUCGUGAAUGUGAACUACUGGGACCUCACAUUCCAAGCCAUUCUUGGGAAGCUCUACGUGAUCUCUCUGUUCGUCACCCUAAACGGUCGCGCCGACAUCGACGCGCAGCGCUCGCACUUCCCUACCUUCUCUAAUAUCAUCUCACCGACGACGGGCCCCAGCAUACGCCUAUCCAACACACGCCCUCCCGAAUUCGUCGCUGCACGCCCUAGCGGGACGAUCUCUUUCUCUUCAGUACAUCAGACUCCUACCAGCGAUGUGGAGACGGAAGGCUCUCAAGACGAUUUGGAGCGUGGUCGGCGGUGGAUAUCCCGGACGCCUGGAAGUGAUCUCAAAACAUGA